CUCGCGCCGCUGCUCCAGCAAGCGUCGUUCGACGGGCCGUGGGCGGGCGGCGGCGUGCGCUACAAGCUGGACGUCAUGCGGGGCGUGGCCUCGCGGCACCGCGCGCCCAGCCCGCCGCCCGCCCAGCACGCCAGGAGCGCGCCGAGCCUGUCAAGUACCUCUGGUAACAGCCCGCCGCGCGCGGCCCCCAAGCCGGCCGAGACCGAAGGCCCGACGGUGUCGUCCCGGCUCGAGAUACGCGUGCGUCCGCCCGACUCGGCCAGCCCGGGGCAUGAGGUCAAGAUACACUCCGUCGUGAGCGGUGAGCCGACGCGGCCCGACGACGCGUCUGUCUACUACGACGCGACGGAACAUCAGCGGGACAAACGGUCGUCGACACGCAGCGGAGACAAGAGCCAAAGCCCAGCAGUGGAGAAGACUCGGUUAGACGCGAUACCUGACAGUAACAGUCCGCCAGCGAAUAAAAAGGAAACUACAAGCGGUUCCGGCGACGGAUCUCAAAGCAUGAAAGACCGAUGGUGGUGCGGCACGGCUUCCCGUAUCCCGGUAGCGAUGGGCGAGGCGCGUCUCGCCAAGUGUCUCUCGUGGAGCGGCGACGGGCCUCUGGCGCCGCCCGCCGCGCCUCCGCCGCCGCCGCUCGAUAACAAGGAUCUAACACCAGGGCUGAGACGGCGGCGAGCGAACCCCAACGACAAAUACGCGGUGGACCCGGCGCGGGAACUCAACUUGCGCUUCGCACGUCUCCGCCAUCGCUGCCCGCAGCAUUCGCGCUCGCCGCCCACCAGAAGCGAGUCCCGCGGCGUGCCGUCGCUCCUCAUGUCGUCGCCGCCCGCGUCGGGCUCGUCGUCGUCGGGCUCGCCGCCGCCCGCGCCGCGCGCGCCCGCCGCGCCGCAUCACAACGCAGCGCGCGCGCGACGCUUCCGACCGCUCUCCAUCGCGCCAUAG